GCUCUCUCAGCGUCAAAGAUCUCAUCCCCGCCCCGCGACUGUGGGCUGGUUUUCUUGUGCUUCCCCGCCUUUGCUCCUCCUCUUUUCCUCUUUUCUGGGAUCGGUGGUGCUGCUUCCACACACGCUUGCACAGAGCUUUGUGUAAGACUUUGACUGUACCAGGAUCAUGGCAGUGCGCUAUGAAUUACAGUUGGUGUCGUCCAACGGCGGCAAUUACAUUGCCGGUGACAUGGUUCAGGGCCAGUUGAUUGCCAAGUUUACCCGUAACAUCACCGUCGACUCGAUGCAAAUUCGGAUUGUCAGCCAGGUGCGCGGCAAGUCGGGCGGCAACUCGAACAAGUUUCAGGACAUUGUGUCCAGUCCAACAACCACACUGCUGAGUGCCCAGCAGAGCUUCUCCAAGGGCCAAUCCCACCAGUUCCAGUUUGCCAUUGCCUUGCCUCAGAAUGUGCCCUCCAACCUCAACGUCGACUACAUGGGCGAGGCUCGCACCUGCCUCCAGGUGAUUGUCAAGGAGAAGAAGCGCCAAACGGUGGACGAUGUGCCCCUCAACGUUCAGUCGGGCUACACCGGUAGCUGGCCACCACCGCCCCUUGAGUUUCAAGAGCGCAAGGAGGUGUUGGGCAGUGGCUCAAUCUUCUCGAGUGCCAAGAACUUGGGCCUCUGCGACUUGUCGGUGGUCGUGCCAUCCCAACUCGUGCGUAGCACGACAGGCACAGCCAGUGUGCGCUUCCACGUGGGCAACCCAGCCAACCUUUCGCGGGAUCGCUUGCGCAUCCUGAUUGAGCUCAGCGCUGAGGUCACUUGCAAGUUUGGCCUCAAUGAGAGCAAGCGCUACUUUGUGUCUGUGGCCGACUACAUCCCCACCCUCAACUUUGAUCCGUCGACCUCCACCUUCACGGGCUCUCUCGAGUAUCGCUUGGACGGUAGCCAAGCCCCGGCUGGCAAGUCGAUUCAGAAGCCUCAGGACGUUUCCAGCUUCAAGGUCGGCGUCCCCAUCCUUCCCACCCUCAUUGGUGGCCAGAAUUUCAAGGUUGUCACCUCCAUCCACGCCCACAUUGUGUACUACGAAUCUUUCAAGAUGAAGGCUGGUGGUGUGAUCACCGUGGUCGACGAGGCUCGCCCCUUUGCGCAGGGCUCGGCGCCCUCGACGCCCCACAGCUCGACCUCGUCGGCACCCAUGGCGCCCCCUGCAGCGGCGGCCGCUGCCAUGGCACCCAGCUACGAGGCUGCCAUGCAGGAUCCGGGCAAAGAUGCCAAGGCCGGAGGCCAGCCCUACCCCCCUCAGCAACAGCAACCGCCGUACCCAUCCCAACAGUACCCGCCCCAACAACCGUACCCUCCACAACAGCAGCAGCAGCCUUUCGCGCCUCAGCAGUACCCGCCUCAACAGCAGUCCCAGCAAUACCCGCCCCAGCAAUACCCGCCUCAACAGCAACAGGCAUCUUACCCACCCCAGCAGUACCCCCCUCAACAACAAGCCCAGCAAUACCCGCCCCAGCAAUACCCGCCCCAACAGUACCCGCCUCAAGCGCAACCCACGUACCCACCCGCACCCCAGGCAGCCACCUAUCCUCCACUGCCCGGUCAGGGCGCCCCGGGACCUUAUGGUGCGACGCCUCCCCCGUACAGCGGUGACGCUGCUUAUCCCGCCGCACCCUACGGUGCCAAGGGACCCUAUGCGUAG